AUGGAACCGAUUCUCAUUCCUCUCCACCUCUCCUUGUUUCUCCACAUCCUUACUCUCCUAGAGGCCGGAGUACUGUCGCCGCCUAUAUACACUCCGGUGGAUGAUAUCACCCUUGACUAUGGCAAUCUGGGGCAACAUUCAAAUAACUACGACUCCAGAAUUUGGAGUGGAGACAUCAACUCAACAUUUUCACCCAUACAAGAUGGUGAAAGUAACAUGACAUCCCAAUCCAGAAAAGCACCUCCUUCUGUGUCACAAUUCGCUAGCCAAGUCCCUUACACCACUGCUCGCCUUUCUUACUCGGAAUUCACUUACAACAUUCCUCUUUCUCCCGGGAAAAAGUUUGUCCGCUUGCAUUUCAACCCGGCUUCAUACCCGGACUUCCAAAGCUCCAAUUCCCUCUUUUCUGUCACAGCUAGCGACUACAUCCUGCUAAAGGACUUCAGAGCUUAUAACACUGCCGAUGAUGCGACGCCGCUGAUGAGAGAAUUCUGCGUCAACAUAGAGACAGAACAUAGCUUGAACAUAACAUUCACACCCAGCAAAGAUGCAUAUGUUUUUAUUAACGGGAUUGAAAUCGUGUCGAUGCCCACCAAUCUCUACACAACUUCAGUUCGUUCCAUCGGCAGCAAUAGUCCUUAUUCAGUCAAAAGCAGAAAAGCCCUGGACAUGGUGUACCGAAUCAACGUAGGCGGAAAGGCAAUCAACACUACUGAAGACACAGGAGUGUACCGGAAAUGGGAAGCUGCUGAUGACAUGUAUUUGGAUGGUUUGAGUAAAAAAUACAGCGUGCUAGCACAGAACGACACAAUUGAGCUCAAGUUUGUCGAAACUCCAGAGUACUCUGCUCCAAAAGAAGUUUACAAUACAGGACGGUCAAUGUGGAUGAACAAAACCGUCAACUACAAUCUCACCUGGUCAUUUCCUGUAGACUCUAACUUCUCCUACCUGGUUAGAUUGCAUUUUUGUGAGUUUGAGUCUGACGUUACCAAGAUCGGAGAACGUGUAUCUGUAAUUUACAUAGCCAAUCAAACUGCUGAACAAGGAGCAGACAUAAUUCUCUGGAGUGGUGGAAAUGGGAUACCAACAUACAGAGACUACAUGUUGGCCAUGAUUGACCCUGGAAGCCAGAAAAAAAUUAAUCUCUCUAUUUCAUUUCAAGCAUUACAUGCAGAUUUGUCGAGUGAAUAUAGGGAUGCAACGUUGAGUGGACUCGAAAUAUUUAAGCUAAUUGACCCAAAAGGCGAGCUCGGAUCCAUCCCGGACCUGAAGAUGACACAGCAUGGUAAGUCAUUUCCUGUGCUUGCCCUUGUUGCUGGUCUAGUUUCCAGCAUACUUGUGUUCUUUGUCGUCGGAUACAUGGUUUUCAGGAGGAGAUGGAAAGUUGAGCACUCUGGCUCCAGCAACAGGAUAAUGAAGUUUAAAACGACCCCCGGGUCAUCUCAUCCGUGUCGCUACUUUUCACUAGCAGAGAUCAAAGCCGCUACCAAGAACUUCAGUGAUGCUCUCAUCAUUGGAGCUGGAGGAUUUGGUAAUGUUUACAAAGGAUGCAUUGAUAGUGGAGCCACUGCAGUUGCAAUCAAACGGCUGAAACCAGAAUCAUCCCAAGGUGUUCAUGAGUUUGAGACUGAAAUUGAGAUGCUCUCUGAACUCCACCAUCGCCAUUUGGUUUCACUCAUUGGAUAUUGUAGUGAUAAAGGAGAGAUGAUCUUAGUGUAUGAUUACAUGGCACAUGGAACCCUCCGUGACCAUCUCUACCACACUACUAACCCUCCUCUUCCAUGGGAACAACGGCUUCAGAUUUGUAUUGGUGCAGCUAGAGGAUUGCAGUACCUUCAUAGUGGUGUGAAGGGCACCAUCAUUCACCGAGAUGUGAAGAGCACUAACAUCUUAUUGGAUGACAAAUGGGUGGCCAAGGUUUCGGAUUUCGGGCUGUCCAAAGGCACAACAACCAUGUCCGAAACUCACAUCAGUACGAUUGUGAAAGGUAGUUUCGGGUAUCUGGAUCCAGAAUACUACCGAAGACAACGUCUAACUGAGAAGUCAGACGUCUACUCAUUUGGUGUAGUUUUAUGUGAGGUAUUGUGUGCAAGGCCAGCAGUGAUACAUACAGAGAAAACAGAAGCUCACCAAGUGAAUCUGGCCGAGUGGGCAAAGAGUUGCCAUCAGAAUGGGGCACUUGAUCAAAUGAUUGAUCCAAGUUUGAGAGGUAAGAUUGGAGCCGAGUGCUUAAAUAUAUUUGCUGAUGUAGCUAUCAGCUGCAUGCAUGAUGAUGGGACUGAACGGCCGUCCAUGAAUGAUGUUGUAAGAGGGCUUGAGCUUGCAUUGGAGCUUCAACCAAGUGCAGAGGAGAACAUCAACUGCACUGAAAAGAUAGGUGAAACUGAAACAAGCAGUAGUGAGCAAAGUUGUGCAACCAACAAUUCCAUUAUAUGCAUAUCUGCCACAAUCUUCUCUGAGAUAAACAACCCUAUUGGUAGAUGA